GCAAUCGUCGGUUCUGCCAACCAAACGUGCUUCAUAUUCUAGUAAAAUAGACUUCUAUUUAUUUUCCGAAUCUGCUGCUGCUGCUGCUCUUACAAUUCAACCCAUUCCAUUCCAAAGAUAAUGCAACAGGAAUUAAAGUGAAAACACACUCAGCACAUGGAUUGAAUAAUCACAUCACUGAUAGCCCACUGGCUUUUGCUGGCGAUCCCUGCUCCGUGUGGUGUUUGCGUGUAACGCAAGUUGAGGAGGAUACGACAUAGGACAUUCAAGGAACAGUUAUAGCAUCCCCUAUAAUUUAUAUGUACGGACUGUUGAAUUAGUCAGAAGCAACAAUUACAAACAAAUACCAAUACUCGUGCCUCCGUUAUCCUCUUCAGUCGUGUGUGUGUGUGUGUGUGCGUGUGUGUGGCUCUCGCGUUCGGGUGUGUGUCGAGGAGGGAAGAGAAGACAACAAAACGGUUUGGUUUGUGCCAUUCAACAACCUCUUUGCGGCAGUAUCGAUUUUCCGUUACAUCGUUAUACACACACAUUUGACCGAGUUCGCACCCAGCCAUUACGCACACGCCCCAAGCCCCUCCUUAAGUUGAUGCGCGGCGGCAGCAAGCAGAGGAGGCAACAGACCCAGAGGCAGAGCUAAUCUGUUGGCAUUUCAACGCGAUUCCCCCAAGAGCUGAGCCAGAGCUUAGCGUGAGCGAAUUUGUUGCAUCUUGGCGGCACUGGAAGCAUGUUUCAGUUGGCACUUGUCAGCGGACGGACAAACCAUUUAGGAAUACAGCAAUAGCCACUGUAAAUAUCAUCAUCAGCACCUACUGCAGGCACAGACAGCAUCCACAGCAUCCACAACAUCCACAAUAUCCACAGCAUCUACGGGAAAGUUCAGAGACGGCACCUUGAGAACGGUUUUUUCCUAAGAGAAAGCACAAAAACCGUCAUCCAGGUCGACAACGGGAUCCACCAGUCGAUGUUCAUCAUGAUCCAGUUGAAGCAGCUACAGUUGCACUCCAGCCACGCAGCAUUGUUGCUGAUGCUGGCGGCGGUGGUGGCCGUGGGCCAGGCGGGGUCCCAGAACACACCUCAGCAGCAGGUGUGCCCGGAGCAGGGCGACAUUUCGCCCUGCAUCUGCACGGUGAAGAAGAACGGCCUGGACAUACUCUGCGAGACAACGGACCUGGCGCACAUCACCAAAUCGAUGGGCACACUCAAGGGCAAAAGUCCCAUUAUUUUCUACCUAAAGCUACGCCACAACAACUUGCCCAAGCUGCAGGGAUUCGUUUUCCUGGCCCUGGACAUUCGCCACCUGACCAUACACAACAGCAGCCUAGCGGCCAUCGAGGAGAAUGCCCUCAGCUCGUUGGGCACUGGACUCACACAGCUGGACGUGUCGCUGAAUCAAAUGAAAACCGUGCCAUCGCAGGCGCUGCACAAUCUGUACCACCUGUUGAUCUUGAACCUGAACCACAACAAAAUCACCGUGAUCCACAACAACGCCUUCGAUGGACUAGGCACAUUGGAGAUUCUGACGCUCUAUGAGAACAAGAUCACCCAGAUAGACCCCGAGGCGUUUCGCGGACUGGAAGGAAAAUUGAAGCGUCUGAAUCUGGGUGGUAAUGACUUGAGCAGAGUCCCCCAAAAGUCUCUGUCUAUAUUGGACACGCUGAAGAAGCUAGAGAUACAGGAGAACAAGAUCCGUAUCAUCAGUGAAGGUGACUUUGAGGGCUUGGUAAACCUGGACUCCUUGAUUCUGGCCCACAACAUGAUCACAACCGUGCCUGCAAAUGUCUUCAUCCACCUGACCCAGCUCAACUCUCUGGAAUUGGAGGGCAACAAGAUCAGCGUUAUCGAUAAGGAUGCGUUCAAGGGCUUGGAGGAGAACCUGCAGUAUCUGCGCCUGGGAGACAACCAGAUCAAUGCCAUUCCCAGCGAGGCCCUGCGCCCACUACACCGUCUGCGCCACUUGGAUUUGCGCAACAACAACAUUAAUGUCCUGGCCGAUGACGCCUUCACCGGAUUUGGCGACUCGCUCACGUUCCUCAAUCUGCAGAAGAAUGACAUCAAGGUGCUGCCGAGUUUGCUGUUCGAGAACCUCAAUUCGCUGGAGACCCUCAAUCUGCAGAACAACAAGCUGCAGCGCAUUCCGCAGGACAUCAUGGAACCGGUCAUUGAUACCCUACGCAUCAUCGAUAUUACGGAUAAUCCGCUGAACUGCUCCUGCGAAUUGACCUGGUUCCCCAAGCUGCUCGAGGACCUGAAGAACAAGGAUGACGAAAUGUCGCAGAAGAAGAAGCCGCUGUGCCACAUGUCGCUGGACAAUCGCGAGUACUUCGUGCAGGCCAUGCCCACCGAAAAGAUGCACUGCGCCGGCCUCAAUGUGAGUCCCUCACCCACGAGCGGCGGUCUGAUGCGGAUACUGCAAGUGAACAUUCUGGCCCAAAUUGCCAUGUGUAGCGUGGCGUUUCUCAUUAGCGUUUAAUCGCUUCCGAUCCGAUCCGAUCUGAAGCGUAUCGGUCCCUAGUCUAGUUAGGUCCGGAGACCACUUUUCCAUUUGGGUCAGUUUCAUAUCCAGAUUCAGAUUCAAGCACAGGUGAUAGAUGUUGAUGGGGAGUCCUCACUUGCGGGCUCCCCAUUCAAUACAGUUCAGUUCAGUUCAAUUCGAUUCUGAACAUAGAAAAUCCCACAAAACAAAAUACCCAUAGAUACCAUACCUUUUGUAUGCCUGCAAACCAUUUCUGUGUUGUUGUAUUGUAUAUUUUCUUAUAGAUUAUAGUGAAUCCGUGAAUUAUGCAACUCUGCCAAUUAUUAGACCCAAAAAGCACGCUUUUCGAACCGUACCGUACCGUAGCGUUCGCUCGUCCAGCAGCCUACCACCCACCACACCAGCAGCAAAACAUCACCUCACCAAGAACAGCCAAUCCAGAGCGACACGUCCGUGUCUGGUCAGUUCCUCCCACCUUCACCCUGUUGAAUUGAUGCACCCAACAGACAGACAAGACACCACAGUCCACAGUUGCAACAUCUACGACACGAGACACAUGCACAGUAGCUCGACAGCGACGCCUUCCCAGCUCGCACACCCCGUGAGGAGUGGAGAGGAGUGGAGAGGAGUGGAGUGGAGUGAAGAGAAAAGAAGAGAAGGGAGUUAGAUGAUAGAAUCUCCUUACAUAUCAUAUCGAUACGGAUAAAGCCUAGACCUAAGUCAGAACUAAAAACAUAUCAGAAUAGAAUUUUAAAGCCGAAGAAAGCGAAAAUUGUUACGCCCAAGAAGGGACAGGACACUAUUGUUACGAUUACAUUUGAGCAUUUGAUCAUUUGAGCAUACGAGCACUAUGUACAUGUACAUGUACAUGUUAUUGUGUGUUGUGUCGUGUUGUGUACAUACUUAUCAAUGUGUGCAUAUCUAUAUUACAUAUUUAUUAUGCAUAGUUUAUCGUCGUUUUGUCGUCGGUGUUGUGAGAUACAAUCAUUAUAAGCAAGUUUUCUUCGUUUCCUGUUCCCUGUUUCCUGUUCCCGUCCUGCCCUCCACCUGCACCCGCCCCCAAAGCAGCUAACAAGCAAUCUAACCUAGUCGAAAUUGUCAAAUCUAUAUCAAUAUCUACAUACAUGCACAUACAUAUAUGCGUGUAUAUCUUAUUAUUACAUAGAUUUAUGUAUAUGUAUAUGCAACCCACUUUGGGCGCCGGGCAGGAAAAUGUACACAAGGCAAGGCGAUCAGGCGAUCAGGCGAUCAGGCGAAAAGAAUGGAUACAAAAAACAAAAACAAAAUCAUUUGCAUCAAUCACCAAGAACUGAUUAUGGAAUAAGUAGUUUGUACUCUUUAUUUGCCAGAAAACAUGGGGCAAAUUGUAACUGCAAAUUGUAACUGCAGUCGACACACUCACCCAACUUCCAACUUCCCAACUUCCAGCUUCCCAAACUCCCUUCCUCGCCCAUUCCCUCCCCAUACAUACACACACAUAUCGUUAUAUUGUUAUUAUCGUGACAUAUCAAGAGCUCCCCAAGUGCACAGCGCACAGGAUGACUCGCACACACCUAAAAUAUAGGCAUUUUAUAGAAUUUACCUACAUUUUAAAAAUCAUGUGACAAGUUGAUAUUUAUGCGCAGAGAGCGCAGAGCAGAGGAAACCCAACAGAACAAGAGAACAGUGGCAAAGUGUAUGCAAAAGUGGAAUUUUUGAAAUGUUUUUAUACACAUAUAUACUUUUAUAUACACAUACACAUACACAGACAUGCAUAUGAAUUCUGUCUAUUCGAACUAAGUUGUAAUCUCCAUUAGAAGUUAACUAUCAUUACCAUUGACACUGAUAUUUGAAGGGUUUGCCAGCAGUCGGAGCGGACCCACUCCACAUCGGCCAGUCCGUGGCUUCGGUCAGUAGCCACUCUCUGGUGGAUGGUGGCCAAGUGGUGCUCCCGACUGGCUACCCACAGAGAACCAGCCUCUGACGAAACGGUUGAAGAAAUAUUUUCAAGAGAAUGCGCUAUACCACCAAAUCGGGUCAGUAUUUUUGGCAGCAGCUGUUCUCUUCAAAAUAUUUUAGAACCCCACCGGAAAUGGGGGCACGAAAGAUGCUUUUCAUAGGAGGAGCUAUGUCUUCUCAGCCGAAAUAAUAAAGAAUCCAUGAUGGUUACAAAUACCAAA